AUGGGUAUAACCAAUGAGGAGAUGGCACAAGAAGAACGGGGAUUGCAGAGGAAACUGGAAGAAGAACAGGGAUUGCAGAGGAAACUAGAAGAAGAACGGGGAUUAGAGCAGAAACUAGAAGAACAGGGAUUAGAGCAGAAACUAGAAGAAGAACAGGGAUUGCAGAGGAAACUAGAAGAAGAACAGGGACUGCAGAGGAAACUAGAAGAAGAACAGGGAUUGCAGAGGAAACUGGAAGAAGAACAGGGAUUGCAGAGGAAACUGGAAGAACGGGGAUUAGAGCAGAAACUAGAAGAACAGGGAUUAGACCAGAAACUAGAAGAACAGGGAUUAGAGCAGAAACUAGAAGAACAGGGAUUAGAGCAGAAACUAGAAGAAGAACGGGGAUUGCAGAGGAAACUGGAAGAAGAACAGGGAUUGCAGAGGAAACUGGAAGAAGAACGGGGAUUAGAGCAGAAACUAGAAGAACAGGGAUUAGAGCAGAAACUAGAAGAAGAACAGGGAUUGCAGAGGAAACUAGAAGAACAGGGAUUGCAGAGGAAACUAGAAGAAGAACAGGGAUUGCAGAGGAAACGGGAAGAAGAAUAGGGAUUGUAGAGGAAACGGGAAGAAGAAUAGGGAUUGUAGAGGGAACUGGAAGAAGAACAGGGAUUAGAGCAGAAACUAGAAGAAGAACAGGGAUUAAAGCAGAAACUAGAAGAAGAACAGGGAUUAAAGCAGAAACUAGAAGAAGAACAGGGAUUAGAGAAUUAGAAGAACAGGGAUUAGAGA